AUCAUUGGCAGAAAGAAAAAAAAAAGUAAUUCAAAUUCCGGCAGCCAUUUCCUAUUUGUUCAUUUCAACUGUGCCCAUCCAUUCUAGGUUUUUCUGCCGAGUACUUUAUACCGCUUUUUCAAGCUAUCAUGGUAAGAUCGUACUUUUUGCCCCAUUUAACCAACGGCUGGCAAGUGGAUCAAGCCAUCUUGUCUGAGGAGGACCGUGUCGUCAUUAUUCGCUUCGGUCACGAUUGGGACCCCACAUGUAUGAAGAUGGACGAAGUUUUAUAUAGCAUUGCUGAAAAAGUCAAAAACUUUGCUGUCAUUUACUUGGUGGAUAUUACGGAAGUCCCGGACUUUAACAAGAUGUAUGAAUUGUAUGAUCCGUGCACGGUAAUGUUUUUCUUCCGUAAUAAGCACAUCAUGGUGGAUUUGGGUACGGGUAACAAUAACAAGAUCAACUGGGCAUUGGACGACAAGCAAGAAAUGAUUGAUUUGGUUGAAAUUGUUUAUCGUGGUGCGAGAAAAGGAAGAGGUCUCGUGGUAUCACUGAAAGACUACUCGACAAAAUACAAGUAUUAGAAAAAAAAAAUUGGGCACAACAACAACAAUACUUUGGUAUAUCACUUUAAUGGGAUUUUCAUCAUGAUGAAAAAAGAACUAUAACAAUUUUUACACUAAAUGA